AUGCCUCCUAGACGUGUGAAUGUGAGAGCUAGUACUCAGAAGGAUGGUACAUCCUCUAUACCUCCUGUGCUACUGUGUAGAGUGAAUAUUCCUGAUGAGAGUGCGUUGGGUGGUAAAGAGUUUUUCAGAGUUAAAAGGACUGAUCUGACUGUAACUGAGUACUGGUUGAAGGGAGUCGAAAGGAUCCUCGAGCAGAUGUCCUGUUCUGACGAGGAUAAAUUGGGUUGUACUGUAUCCUUACUUGAUAGGGUGGCACAUCGAUGGUGGAAUACUGUUGAGAGAGGUACAACCACUUAUCAUGUAACUUUUGAUUAUUUCUUAGAGGUGUUUAGGAGGAAGUUCAUGGGAAAGCAGUACAAGGAAGUUCAUAAGCGGGAAUUUUUGGACCUUGUACAAGAUGGGUUGAUUGUAGCUGACUAUGAGGCAGAGUUUGUGCACCUUAGUCAGUAUGUUCUUGAGAUGGUUUUUACUGAAAAGGACCUUGUAAGAGGGUUGUUUGAUGAGCUUGUGGAAAAAGCCAAGACUGUUGAGGAAACUUUGGCUGAGCCAGCUCGUUCAGUAGUGGCUGAGUCUGGUAAGAGAGCUUCCGAUGGUGCUUCUAAACGUCCUCCCAAGAGGGGGCGUGAUAGUUACAGUUCUAGUAGGGUUACGAGAUGUGGGCAUCCUAGAGAGUGUCGCAAGUUGACUGAAGGUUGUUAUAAGUGCAGUUCGAAAGAACAUUUUCUUAGGGACUGUUCGAAUAGAGUAGAGGUUUCACAGACUCAGAGUUCGACACCUACCUCUGUACCUGCUAGAGGUCAUGGUCGCCGUAGAGGUAAUGGGAGACUAGUUGGUCAAAGGAUUGUUUCUCAUAUAGUAGCCUCACAGGUUGAGUCUAGAGUUGAUUCUGGUUCUACACAUUCAUAUAUUUUGAGUGAAUUAGCUUGUAAGUUAAAGAGUCCUAUAGAGACUAUUGAUUUGGGUAUGACUGUAAUUAGUUCUGUUGGAGAUAAUGUUGUUGUAAACAAUGUUUAUCGUAGUUGUCCUCUUAUGAUACAAGGGCACGUUUUCUCUAUUGAUCUCAUGGAACUACCAUUUUAUGGAUUUGAUGUUAUGUUGGGUAUGGAUUGGUUGACUGAGCAUAAGGCUAAGGAUGAAAAGAUGAUGGGAAAAGGUUGUGAGGCUUACUUAGCCUAUGUGAUGAAUUUAGUUAAUAAGGAGUUGAGAGUUCAGGAUAUUCGCACCAUUAGGGAUUUUCUUGACGUGUUUCCUGAAGUGUUGCCUAGUUUGCCGCUAGAUUGUGAAGUCGAGUUCGGUAAUUAG